AUGAUACAGUCCGCGUCUUCUGAUGGGUUGGAUGUUGGCAGUGCCAAAAUUGAUGGAUCUGGUAUGUUUGCUGGUUUGGCCAUGCAUAAGGGGAAGGUACCUGGCAGAAAGCGAUCAGGAAACAAGGCUAGCAAAAUGGACUUGGCUUUGUCUAUCAGGGAUUUGACUCCACUAUCAUUGGAGAAUCAUCCUGUUGACACAGGAAUUGCUGGAAAAUUUGCGAAGGUGGAUUGUUUGGAUUUGAUUGAGCUACUGUCUUUGAUUGGAGAAGUGAAGUGUUUUGUUUGUGGUAGAAUCGAUCAAAGGUAUUCAGAGAAUAUCACUAUGAUGAAUUCUAAGUUAGAUGCCCUUGGUUUAGCUGUAAGUAUGUUGGAAAGGAGUAUUGGAGGAACCGAUACUGAGUUUCAGAAAGCAACUGGGUACAUUAGAGUGUAUGACAGAUUGCUGGGGCUUCACCGGGAAUUGGAAUUGUUUAGGUGCAAGGGUGUGGAGAUCAUCAGUAGAUCUAGUGAGAUCCAGAACACUAGAUUAGAGACUUUGGAGUUGAGAGUCCGUGAGAUGCAGAUUGCUACAAAUGACUUGAAGGAGUCUAGUGACCACAUAAAGAAUUUGCUUGAGAUAUCAAUGCAAACUCUUUGCAAUCACAUUCUGCCUGGACUCAUCACAAUGAAGGAAGAGUUCUAUGAGGACCCAAGACAAUUGUUGGCUCAACAAGUACAGUCUCUGGAAAAGGUCCCUGCUCCCUUGGCAUUGGGGGGAACGAGUAAACUAGUAGUGAUUGAAAAUUGUGAAGAACAAAAAAGUAUCCUUGCAAGGAUAGAGGGGCUCAAGAAAGAAAAUGCAUCUCUGAAACAAGAGAUAGCUGAGAGAGUGACAACUCAACAAGAGCGCAUGGUACCACUCCCACCAUUGAACUUGGAUUCCUUGUCAAGUCUUCAGGAGCAAUUGGCCAACUGGGAACUGAAGACUCAGAAGCAUAAAGUCACUGUUGCAGGUUGCAAGUUUGGCGGAGUCCAGGAUUGCAAGCGUUUCUUGCAUACCAGGAUGGAUUUGGACGGCUCAUCAGUGUGGUUUGUUGGGCAUGAUGUUGUGUCGUUGUUUAACUGUGUGACAAAGGAAGGGAAAGCAUCAGCCAUUGAUGAUGUACUAGUCCAAGAUGGGCACGCAAUCAGAGGGGGCUUUGAUAGCAUGCUGAUGGCGUCUGUGUAUGCAUCCAUGCAAAAGGCCAUCCCAAUCCAAACCAUUGGUUGGCUAUUGCCAAUUUCCUCACAAGUCAAAAAACAAUUUGCCUGUGACAGUGUAAAGAUGCAGAAGAGGCAUGGAGGUUCCCAUGCAAAGUCAUAA